AUGGAAAUUAAAAAUACAUUAAGUAAAAGUCCUGUGUUGGCGCAUUACAAUGCUAAGUUACCACUCGUGUUGUCGGUAGACAGCAGCGCGUAUGGACUGGGCGCGGUACUCCCACACAAGUAUAACGAUGGCUCCGAGCGGCCGAUCAGCUGUGCCUCGCGUACGCUCAACGAAGCGGAACGUAACUACUCACAAAUAGAUAAGGAGGCGCUGGCGAUUGUUUUCGGUGUUACGAAGCACCACCAGUACAUUUAUGGCAGACGUUUUAUUAUACGUAGUGACCACCGUGCUCUCAGUUACAUAUUCGGUAAAAAUAAAGGUAUACCGCAAACAGCAGCGAGUCGUUUACAAAGAUAUGCUGUACGGUUAGCGGCGUACAAUUUUGAUAUUGAGUUUGUACCAUCGAAUAAAAACUGUGUUGCCGACGCGCUGUCUCGUUUACCUUUAGAAUAUACAAAACAGGUUUAUGAGCAGGAUUGUUAUAGUUAUUUGAAUUUUGUAGAAGAUAAAUUACCAGUUACAUUUAAUCAGAUAAAAAAAAAUACGAGAACUGAUACACAAUUAAAUAGAAUUAUAGGAUUUGUUAAAUUUGGUUGGCCAGACAGUUUACAAAUUGUUAAUGAUAAAAUAUAUUUUUCUAAAAAGGACAGUUUGUUUUUAGAACAUGGCUGUUUGGUUUGGGGAUAUCGGGUGGUUAUACCGAGCAGUUUACGAGCAACAGUACUGAAUGAAUUACAUUCUGGACAUAUAGGUGUGGUAAAAAUGAAGCAAUUAGCUAGAAACUACUUAUGGUGGGAGGGACUGGACGCGGACAUAGAACGUGUGUGUCGUGACUGUUCAGCAUGUGCUUCACAGCGAGAUCAACCUCCCCCAGCGCCCUUACAUUCGUGGGCCUGGCCCACAGAACCUUGGGAACGCCUUAAUAUUGAUUUCUUGGGACCAUUUCGCAAUAAGUAUUACUUAGUUAUCAUUGACGCUCAUUCUAAGUGGCUUGAAGUGGACAACGUUUCAAGCACUUCAGCAGCCGCGGUUAUACACAGCUUGCGUAAGAUUUUUGCACGUUUCGGUCUUCCAAAGUCCAUCGUGAGACCUGUGAGAAUGGACCUCCAUUUUCAUCCGCAGAAUAUCUAA